GCAACGGAUGUGUCCGUCUCAGAACAUCUGCCGUGCACGUCAAGUUCCUGGGUGUGCCUUAGUUCCGACGUGUUCUGCCGAUUGGAUGGCUCGCUGUCAGUGGCGAUGAUCCCGAUCCCGCUGGUGGUGGUGGUGCUGGGAGGAUGGUGUGCCAUUUAUCUGGCCGAUGCUUUACUGACGUCUUCCAAAUCAUACAAGAGCUCCUAUGAAGAAUGGCUUUCAUCUAGAGGAUUGAGCAUCUCACCGUUCCAUAUUCGCUGGCAAACCACCAUUUUCAAUCGUUUGUUUUAUAAGUGGGGGAGAUGGAAGCCACAUUUCCUGUACUUGUGGUUCAGCUUAGGAAUGGUGUUUGGGAUUAUUGCCAUGUUUGGAUCUAUAAUUCUCUUGGGGAAAACCCUGACACAAACUCUACGUCAAAUGAUGGCUGAGAGUCCUGGGAACCAGAAUGAUCGGAUGCUGCAAGUUGUGGUGCCGGGUGUAAACCUUCCCAUCAGCCAGCUGACAUACUUCUUCUCGGCGAUUUUCAUCAGUGGUGUCAUACAUGAGAUUGGACAUGGAGUGGCAGCCGUAAGAGAAACGGUCCGAUUUAAUGGCUUUGGGAUGUUCGUGUUCGUGGUGUAUCCUGGAGCAUUUGUUGAUCUUUUCACCACACAUCUCCAGCUGGUGUCACCUAUCCAACAGCUGAGGAUUUUUUGUGCAGGUGUGUGGCACAAUUUCAUCCUUGGUGUUCUGGGCCUCUUGAUACUGUUUCCACUUCCUGUAUUCCUGUAUCCAUUUUACUACACGGGUGUCGGAGCCUUAGUCACUGAAGUCUCAGAGGAUUCUCCAGCAAGUGGUCCAAGAGGAUUGUUUAUCCGUGACAUCGUAACUCAAGUACAGGGCUGCACUAUUACUAAUGUCGAUGACUGGCACUCAUGCCUGGCUGACAUCUCACAGAAGCCUCAGAUUGGUUAUUGCAUAAGCACUUUAACUCUACAGCAACUGCAUUUUCCUAGCAGAGUUUAUAGGCGGCUGGACGGUUCUGUUGAGUGUUGCAGUAACAGCAGUCUUACUGAUGUCUGUUUCUCUAUAAUGGUAAUGGCGAACGUCAACAAGUAUGCUUGUCUACCAGCAAGGAAGGCAAUCCAAGCAAGCCUUGAGUGUCGAUCUAAUAUAGACUGUCAGAAGGCAGCUUCAAACACUGUCUGUGCCAUCCCUUCAAUAGAGAACCAGACGCGUCUCAUCAGAGUCAAGCAUCCACCGCAACUUGACAUGUUGUUUAUAGGCUAUCCUGUGCACCUAGAAUAUGGAGGUGAGCACUCAUGUGAUUACCAUAAACAUCCAAGCUGUAGAGGUAAUCAUAUUUACAAUUUUGAAGGCAUUUUCUUUUCUGAUCCAUAA